AUGGAGGCUUUCAAGACUCACGGAGGCGUUGCCCCCAUUCCCACCGUUGUCCCUGAGCCAACCCACUACGAAACAAUCGGCCACAAUGGCGUCCGCGCUCUAUGGGUUCUCUUCGUCGCCAUGACCAUCGUAUCCGCCAUCUUCGCCCUUCUAUCCUGGAACGUCGCCGUCCAGCGUCGCAUCUUCUACGUCCUCUCCACCUUGACCACCAUCAUCUCUGCACUGGCCUACUUCGCCAUGGCUUCUGGUCAGACUUCGUACUUCAACUGCGCCAGUGUACGAGAUCACCACAAGCACGUCCCCGAUACGCACCACGAUGUCUGUCGUCAGGUCUUUUGGGCGCGCUAUGUUGAUUGGGCGAUUGCUACGCCUUUGCUUGUCGUGGAGCUUUGUCUGCUUGCUGGUGUUGAUGGUGCGCAUACCAUCAUGGCCGUCAUUGCUAAUGUUAUCUUUGUCCUUGCUGGUGCUUUCUCUGCUGUUGGCCACGCCAACACUGCGCAGAAGUGGGGAUGGUAUGCUAUCAGUGUUAUCGCCUUUGUCUUCACCGUCUGGCAUGUCGCUGUUCCUGGCACCCGAACUGCUCGUGCUCGGGGUACCAAGAUUUCCCGACUGUUUGGCUCUCUCUCCAUCGCUACCCUCAUCCUCUGGGUUGUCUACCUUGUUGUCUGGGGUGCUGCUGGUGGCGCCUGGAAGGUCAAGGUCGGCACCGAGGUCGUCAUCUACGCCGUCCUCGAUGUCCUCACCAAGGCUGUUCUCGGUCUCUGGAUCAUCACCGCUACCCGCCAAAACCGCGAAACCACACCCGAGAUUGGUGGCUACUGGGCCAACGGUGCCGGCGCUGAGGGUACCAUCCGUGUCGGCGAUGACGAUGAGGGUGCUUAA